AUGAAAAUUAUUUUUUACUCCUCCAACAGCAGCUUCAGCUACAACUGUAGCUCCAGCCACAACUGCAGCACCAACAGCCGCAGCUCCCAUUGCAACUGCAGCCCCGACAACUGCAGCUCCCAUUGCAACUGCAGCCCCGACAACCGCAGCUCCCAUUGCAACUGCAGCACCGACAGCCGCAGCUCCCAUUGCAACUGCAGCCCCGACAACCGCAGCUCCCAUUGCAACUGCAGCACCGACAGCCGCAGCUCCCAUUGCAACUGCAGCCCCGACAACCGCAGCUCCCAUUGCAACUGCAGCCCCGACAGCCCCAGCCCCCAUUGCAACUGCAGCCCCGACAACCGCAGCUCCCAUUGCAACUGCAGCCCCGACAACCGCAGCUCCCAUUGCAACUGCAGCCCCGACAGCCGCAGCUCCCAUUGCAACUGCAGCCCCGACAACCGCAGCUCCUAUUGCAACUGCAGCACCGACAGCCGCAGCUCCCAUUGCAACUGCAGCCCCGACAACCGCAGCUCCCAUUGCAACUGCAGCCCCGACAGCCGCAGCUCCCAUUGCAACUGCAGCCCCGACAACCGCAGCUCCCAUUGCAACUGCAGCCCCGACAGCCGCAGCUCCCAUUGCAACUGCAGCCCAGACAACCGCAGCUCCCAUUGCAACUGCAGCACCGACAGCCGCAGCUCCCAUUGCAACUGCAGCCCCGACAACCGCAGCUCCCAUUGCAACUGCAGCCCCGACAGCCGCAGCUCCCAUUGCAACUGCAGCCCCGACAACCGCAGCUCCCAUUGCAACUGCUGCCCCGACAACCGCAGCUCCCAUUGCAACUGCAGCCCCGACAACCGCAGCUCCCAUUGCAACUGCAGCCCCGACAACCGCAGCUCCCAUUGCAACUGCAGCCCCGACAACCGCAGCUCCCAUUGCAACUGCUGCCCCGACAACCGCAGCUCCCAUUGCAACUGCUGCCCCGACAACCGCAGCUCCCAUUGCAACUGCAGCCCCGACAGCCGCAGCUCCCAUUGCGAGUGCAGCCCCGACAACCGCAGCUCCUAUUGUUCCAGCCACUAGUAUCGCUCAAACCACUAGCACCAGAGCACCUACUGCACGUCCAACAGCCACUGUUCCAUCUACCACAGCCUCUACAAAUCCACCAUCAGGAGAUGAGGGCGUCCUACGCCUGAAUUUCAGGCUGUUUAGAACCUUUACAGAACCAUUGGCAAACCAGAGCUCCACUGAAUUCAAGCAGCUAUCACAGAAUGUCACCAUGGAG